AUGCAGAAAUCUAUAAGGAAAUUAUUAGAGAAAGAAAAAAUUGUGCCAAAAUCUACAUCUAUGAGUCCGAUAUACGUACCCGAGGAACAGGAUCAAAACGAAAGGCAAGAGGACACUUUAAGAAAUACGAAACCUGCAUUCAACCGUGACUUCUACAACAAACCUCAAAUUCCUAUCUAUACACCUCCUAGGACUCUGCCAACAACAACAACAACAGUCUCAUCAACAACUUCCACGACCACGACAACCGAAUCCCCAGUUAAUGUUGAAAAUAUUUGGCACAUAAUCGAUAGUGAGAAAACUAAACAACAGUCUGGUGAUUGGGAAGAAUUGUCGUUUGAUGCAAAUAAUAAUAAUGAAGAACAUAACGUAAAUGUUCCCAUAAACGAUAACGAUAAAUAUAACAACGAUGGAGACGAUCGUGAUGAAAAAGAUCAGAAGGACGCAGAUAUUGAUGAUAACUUUGCUUUACCAGGGUUUGGAACAAAUUCUGGAAACGGAGCAGAAAAUGAAUCUAGGGCUAUCAGAACUGAACAAAAUAUUAAAUUUCCAUAUAUUAAUCUGAAACCUUUUCAAGUUAAAUCAAAGAAUAGCAAGAAGAAACCCAAUACGAUACUGGAUAUAAUGGACAACCAAUUGACCGUUACAAUCCUGCUCAGCCCUUAUUUACCACACAAUGAAUAUGGCAGCAAGGUAUCAAAACAAUCAAGUCCCGUUGCAGUUCCCACAAGAGCAUCCUCUAACCUAGUUCCCCCUCCUCCCCCACCACCUAAAGUUUACGGUGAUAAUUUUCCACCACCAGCUAGCUAUGAAUCAUUCCCACCUUAUGCUCCCUCCACUCCAGACUUCGCUCCAGCGCCAGCUCCACAACCACAACAACCACCGCCUACUGCAAUCGAGCAGAGUAUAGAUGUCUCACCAAAUUUGGAUUCGGAUAGCGGCCCUCCUGAUACUGGGUCCCAAAUGGAUGUUGGAUACCGUUAUAAGCCCCCAACAGAUAGCGAUAGCCCUAUGAUCAAUAUGGGUUACGACUAUAGUCCACCCGAGCCCGCACCUGCACCUCCAUCGUCACAUUUUAUACCAACUGUUCCACCCCCAAAGAAACAGUUCAGUGGUUAUAAUUAUAAUAAGCCUGCAGCGACACCUGUUAUCAUGCCACCAGUCGAUGAUGCACCAGACUUUAAAGGGUACCAUUACAAAAAACCUGAACCAGUAAGUGACUACAUGCCACCAACUUACGGUUCCCCGCCAAGUUUUGAAUCACAUGAUUCAAAGCCACCUACCCAUGAUUCUGAUUACCCGGAAUUGAUAUUUAAUAAGCCUCAUGGAGACUCUAAUAUGCAUGAUGAAGGAAUGGGAAUGAUGCCCCCUCCUCCGGAGACGGACACUAAACCAGACAGUUAUGGCCCGCCUUCAGAUGACCACGGCUUUCCACAUGACUUUCCCACGGAUUUUAAAUUUCACCACGACCUCGAUGACCACGUUCACGACUUCCAUUUCCACCACGACGACCACACCACAACUACGACUGAAACACCACGUGUGAACAGAUUCAGUUAUUAUUAUCUAGGGAAGAAGCUGUACUAUCUGCCUUUGUAUUUCAGUGUAUAUUUCAUAGUGUACGUUGGUGCUUUAAUCAUCAAAGCUGUUUUGCGUCAUAAGAUUGUUUAUCCAAACAGCUGGAGGCCGAAUACUACCACCGCGACGUUUUUCACAAAAAGAUCAGUAGACGAAUAUCUUUCAAACGACAAUUUACACAACAUAACCCACAGAGUGACGAGAGCGUUAGCGGCAGCAGCAGAAAAAUACAUGGAUUCUAAAACCAAAACUGAUUAA